UUACACCUUCGUUAUCUACGCCUGAAAAAGAAAGCGGGGAAUCUCUCCCUGUGAACGCCUCAUCAACGCCUCUUUUAGAAUUCACAUCUUUUGAAGGAAAACCAAUCGAGUCUCUUCCUUUUGAAAAUCUUAAUACUCAGGGGCCGGUACCUACUCCCCAAUCUUCCCUAACCAACCAGGCAAAAAGUAUUAGUAACUUGACCUCUAUGUUGGCUGAUCCAAGGUUAAAGGGGAGGGGAUGCCUUUCUUCUCCUACAAUUUUAGCUACUUCGCUUGAAGAGUCCCGUCAGAGGGGUUACUCAGAAAUUCACUCCUCGCAGGAGAGGAAGGAUGCACUCGCCUUUCCCUCAUUGUCCCGGUCUCCUAACCUACUGUCGACUUUUUCUUCUAUUUUGCUUGGGAAAAGUUUACUUGGGAAUCGGUAUUUAAGAGCAGAGGGCAGGGCUCAGAGCGAGCUUGAAGAUUAUUUAUCGAAUUCCGGCGCUCACAAAGUUUUAAAGGUUGGCAGCCAGGAUGUUUCUAAUUGGAAUGAGGGAAGUAGCUGCAAUGCCGACGCCACUUGUACACGCAACUUAAAUACUUCGGUCGAAGAAAAUGAAGAAAAACUAGUGGACCGAAACUAUAGUGAUAAUAGUUAUAAUUUUAAAAAUAUAGAGAUUAACAAGAGUGCAGGUUUGGAAGACAGUAUGUAUAUUGAUUUUAACAACAGUGAUAUCAUUAAUAACAGUAGUUAUUUUAACGGGCCUGUUAAUAGCAAUGUUAGUAGUAAUAACCCAAAUAGUAAAAUUGGUACUAACGAGUCUACUUCAAAAAUAAUAAGUGGCAGUCCACCCUCUCAAUCAUACACUCUGACGCCGCUGCAGAUCAACCAGCUUUUUCUAAGGCAGCAACAACAACUUCAGAAGCAAUAUCAAGUGCAGCACCUCCAGUGCCAGCAGCAGCUACAGCAGCUUGCUACUAACCAGUUUCGUUUACAGCAGGCGAUGCAGUCGCCUCGCCUCUCCUCCCAACAACUUCAGCAAUUAAUUCAGCAAAAAACGUUAUUGCAGCAGCAAAGUCAGUUCAUCAUACAAUCUUUUCAACAGUUUCAAGCGCAACACGCUUCACAACUUCUUCAACUACAGCAACAACAACAACAACAACAGAGGCAGUUGGCCCAGGAGAUUCUACAUGUUCAAGAUUAUCUUCGCAAAAUUCUUCAUUCCCAGGCGUGCCCCACAGAAAUGGGGUGUAGCGAGCCAUGUAUUCGGAUGAAAAAGGUUUUUCGGCACCUGCUCGUGUGCGAUGGAAAGCUCUGUACUGAUCACUCCUGCUUAUCGAGCAGACGGAUCAUAAGUCACUACCAAAAGUGUGAACAGGCUAACUGCCAAAUUUGCUUGCCCUUUAGACAGCCUACGCCUCAGCUGUUUAUGCAACAACAGCAGAACAUGGCUAACGCCCCUUUUCUCCCUGCGACGCCGGCCUUUUCAGCUUCUGCGGAAGACUGGCGUGCAAAGCUAAAGUCUAAGGAACGGUUCAACCGCAUCAUCUCAGCCGUAGUUGUUGCACUCCAAAAGACAUUGCCCGGUGUGGCCCCCGAGCAGCUGCUGCAUGCCGCACAAAAGCUUGAGCAGAGCGCUUUUUCGAAUGCUACUAGUGAGGUUGAAUAUAUAGAGCAGAUAAAACUUAGACUGCAUCAGAUAGAAACAACUCAGCAACAAAAGCAAUUUCAGCAGCACCAACAACAACAACUUUUCAUGCUCCAGCAGCUUCAACAGCUCCAGAGUCGACAGGUGCACAUGCUUAGCCCUCUGAUCAAGCAGGAAGUCACCGUUACUCCAGAGCUCAACCGACCCACCGUCGCCUCGUCCGCCACUACUCCGCAUCUUAACGCCUACACAAAUGAAAAUGUAACAAUUUCUUCUCGGAGUUCCCCUUUGCCCUUAAGCGGCGGCGAAGACCACAACGCAACUAUUCAGCAGCACUUGCACCAAAACCAGCUUUACCAACUCCUACAACAGGCUUUAUUCAAGCAGCGCAACGGGGACCAGCUAACCCCCUUGGAACUUCAUCUAUUGGAGCAGAUGCGACGCAACCGCCCCAAAACUCCUCAGGAGCCCAUAGAGCCGUUAGUGCCUAUUCCCCACGAUGGCGCGGCCGCCACUGGCAGUGUAGAGCUCCCUUUAAAAAAGGAUGCAGAUAAGCCCGCGGACAAACCAGACGAGAACCGGCUGAAAGCUAUUAAGAGGCCGCGUUACACGCCACAGGAGGUCAAAUCCGACCUGCUUGCCCUGCAUGAAGCCAUGAUGCGGGAGCACGAUGCUUUGCCGUUCAAUGAGCCUGUGGACCCCGAGCUUCUUAAAAUUCCUGAUUACUUUGACAUUAUUAAAUCUCCUAUGGACUUUGCUACUAUCAGAAAUAAACUGAAAAACUUUGAGUAUAUCGACCACAUCGACUACUGCCACGACGUCCACCUCGUCUUCAUGAACGCUUGGACCUACAAUUCCAAAAAUAGUAAAGUUUAUAAGAUGUGCACCAACAUGAGCAAGUACUUCACUAAAGCAAUUGGGCCUGUUAUGAAGGAGCUCGGCUACUGUUGCGAAGGCCGGAAACUCGAAUUCAAGCCUACACCCGUGUUUUGCUGCAGUAUUCAAUGCCAGUAUGCCCCCAUCCCUCGCCUGCAGCCUUAUCACGUCACGAGCGAGGAACCCGCUUAUAGCGUGUGUCAGAAGUGCUUUGCUGGCGCUGACGUUGCUGUGGCCGUGGUUCACGAGUACGAUACUAACUUUACCGUAGACAAAGAAAAGUUUAGCAGGAAAAUUAACGACGCCAUUGAGUACGAGCCGUUGCUGGAGUGCCACGGAUGUGGGAUGCGGUGCCAUCAUAUCUGCCGCUUGUACAAUAAACUAACGGACAAGCACAUUUACUGCAAAAAGUGUGUUGACGAGCUAAACAUUGAUGUUAAGGCCAAUCGCGUCCCCUCUGAGUCCUUAACUAGAACUAAACUUGGUGACUUCCUCGAAGAGCGAGUGUCACGUUUCUUGACUGGGUCUGGCGCCCCUCCAGUGAUAGUCCGCGUCGUCUGCCAAAUGAAUAAGAUCAACCAAGUCGCUGCUGGUAUGCGCAAGCGCUAUCCUGAUUACCCCGCGGAGUUUCCCUACCGGCAUAAAGCUUUGUUUUGCUUUCAAAAAAUUGACGGCGUGGAUGUUUGCUUUUUUGGUAUGCAUGUGCAAGAAUACGGCUCUGACGCGCCGCUUCCCAACAGAAACCGCGUCUACAUCUCCUACUUGGAUAGUGUGUACUACUUCCAGCCGCCUUCGUACCGCACUGCCGUGUAUCACGAAUUUCUUAUUAGCUAUCUGGAGUACUGCGGGAAAUUGGGCUACUUGUACGCGCACAUUUGGGCCUGCCCGCCUGCUCAAGGGGACGACUACAUUUUCCACUGCCACCCGGAGGACCAGAAGGUCCCCAAGCCGAAGAGACUGCAGGAAUGGUACCGAACGAUGCUUUCGGUGGCUAAAGAGAGGAAGGCUAUUGUGGACUUUCGCAAUAUUAUUGAACAGAAGGAGCUUGAGAAUAUUUCGUCGGUCAAGCAGAUCCCUUAUCUCGCUGGUGAUUACUGGCCGGAUGUGAUGGAACAACAAAUUGUUAAAAUUGAAGAGGAAAAAAAUGCGGAGGAUACUUCAGAAGGCGUGGAAAGCAGUAAGAAAUCCAAUAAGAAAACCAAUAAGAAGAAGAACACGGCCAAUCACAGCUCGCUUAAGAAGCGCUCCACGAAAGUUAAGAAGCUAGAACGGCAAAGCUCUGAACUGGCAGAAGUUGUCUUUGAGUUUAUGAAUCGCAAUAAAGACGUUUUCUUUAUUAUUGAUCUCAACCGCAAGGGCUCCUCGGCCAAGCGGACCAUCGUAGAUCCCGACCCCAUUAACAAGUGCGAGCUGAUGGAAGGGCGCGAGGGUUUUCUGAAUAUUGCACGAGAAAACCACUACCAGUUUAACACGCUUCGCAACGCUAAGUACAGCUCGAUGAUGCUGCUCUACCACCUCAAGCACUCCAAUGAGAGCAUGGACAGCGAGUUCACCUGUAACCUGUGCGAGUGCCGCCUGACCCCCAUCGACCCGAGGUACCACUGCACCGGGGGUUGCGAGGAUUACGACAUGUGCAAGAAGUGCUACGAUACGAGAGGCCACGAGCAUGAGAUGAACAUGAUUGGCCUAAUUAUGGACGAUGACAAAGACGAUCACCAAGGAGCGGAACCCCGUAGGUCCAGCCUCCCCCUGACCCCAGAGGAGCGAAAGCUGCGCAUGAAGCGCGCGUUGGACACUGUGAUGCACGCCUGUCUCUGCUCUGAUAGCGCAUGCCAAAAAGACAGCUGCUUGCGGAUCAAGCAGAUGGUGCUACACAGCAGACAAUGCCAGCAAUCUUCCAAGUGCCUUCACUGCGGCAAUCUCUUCAGCUUGUCGAUGUUUCACGUUCAGAACUGUCCGACGCCGUCUCGUGAAGUUUGCCCGUUUCCCUUUUGUAACCAAAUUAAGCAGCGUAUUCUGCAGCGUAAAAAGAAACUUAAGAACAAGCGCAAAAUGAAACGCAGGAGGAUGAAAGAGCAGCAGGCGUUGGGUUUCCAACACGUGGCCUCUCUGGGUGUGUCCGCUUUUCCCCAUCCCGUCCUCCCUCCUGUCCUCCCCAACACCGAAUCAGCCGAUUUGGUAGUUGGGGGUGCUCCUCCUGAAUCCAAGGCAGGCAGACAGCCCAGCACUGUUACAGGUGCAACGGUAGUUGCACCGGCAGGUGGCAAAGAUUUAAAGGCAGUUUUUAGCAGUACAAAGUAUGGCGUUAAUACCUGCGACGACGGUAAUAGUCAACAUGGUACCGCAAUUAGCUAUGGAGGGGUUGGGAGUAACUCUUUAAAAAGUGAUGGAAAUCAUGACGAGGGUGAUGGCAGUAAUAGCCAUAUUGAAGAUAAGUCGACUAUCAUACAUAAUGAAAAAAAUUAUAAUGAAAGCAAUAAUAAUAAUACGGUUAUUCAAACUGAGGCCUCCUCUACGUCUUUAAACUCUAACCUAUAUGAUGAUGCUGCUAAUAAAAACUUGUUACAGUCAAUAAAUAAUACUCUUCGUUCACACACUACAACACAACGAAAAGAUGGGGGUCAACCCCUUCUUCUGGAGGCUCCCGCUGGGGACGAGUUUUCACCGAAGCCUUUAAAAGAGGGGACCAUAUAUCUCUGUCCUCUUUCGAAGGAAGGGCUUGGCGGCAGUAAACAUAUAUUUAAGCGUUCCGUACGAACUUCAGAAGGAGAGAGCACUUGCAAAAAUGUAAUAGAAGAAACGGAAAAUGAAGAAGAGGACAAUGAAUUAAAUAAUAAUAAGAAAGAUAGUAAUAUUAAUAAUAAUAAUGAUGAUGAUAGCAAUAAUAGUAAUAACAAUAGUAAUAAUAGUAGUAGCAACAAUAAUAGUAAUGAUAGUAGUAAUAGCAAUAGUAGUAGUGAUAAUAAUUAUAGUCAUAACAAUAAUAGUAGUAGUAAUGCUAAUAGUAAUAAUCAUGAUAAAGCUAGUGGCGGUACAAUUAGCAGUAGUUAUGGAACUAACAGAAAAGCCUUUGACGAUAGAAGUGCUCAACAUGAUGCCCCUACUAAUGAAAAGUUGCCCCUUCUUACAACGGGACUCAAUGGAGUUACUAGCGUCACUUUAGUGCCUGAGCUAAAACAAGACUCUGAGCUUUUUAGUAAUCAUGACGCCAAAAAAAAAAUUAGUGAAAGUAGCGGUAUUAAUGCUAGUAACCCUUGUAGUGAAGCUGUAAGUAAUACCGAUAUAAACAGCAAUUCUGGUAGCCCCGAUAAAAAUUUUAUGAAAUUGACUCGCCUUGAAUACCGCGCGAUUGAGCGCUCUAUCUCAAAUAAGAAGUUAAAUUUCUCUAACAGUCAAGAACUACUCAAGCAUUUCGAAUUGCUUGUCUCUAAACUGUAUAAAAUUAAAACAAAUAUGGAUAUGGAAAUUUUGAGAGAUCCUUCUAGUGUGGAUAAAGAAGUUUACGGCAGAGUUUUAACCUACUUUCAAACGGUAAAGCGCAUCUCUGCGGCUAUUAAGCAAAAUAACGAUAAAGAAAUUUCUGAAGACCUUUUUAAGGUGAUCCAUAAUUUACUUGCUUUUUACGAUGAUAUCCAAAUACUUUUAGUAGAGCGAGAAGAAACUAAAGAAAGGGGAGAGUCCGAUUUGCAAGCCCAAAAGUUUUCUGCUUCCCUAGAAGCUCUCCUUCCGCCUGCUUACAUUAAAAGCAAAACUGCAAAGACUAACUUUUUAUCAGGAAUUCAAAUGUUGGCUUACUCAAAGGAAAGUGAAGGUACAAACAAAAUAAGCUCGGAAGAAGAAAAUAAUGAUAUGUUUGGUCAUAACAAGGAAAACGUUAACUGCAACAAAUCUUUGUUAAGGACUAAAAGUAGACGCCCGCCCAGGGCUACCCAAAAAUUUAUUAGUUUUAAAGAGUCUCCCCUGCGUUAUGAAAUAUCCUCCUAUACAGACCGCCUAAAAACUAAUGAAGCCUUUACAGAUAAGCUUAAUAUAGUUUCAGAGGGUGGUUGCCGUAUUGGUCUAAAUACAUCCUCAGGAGCCCAUGAGCUUGAUACUACAAGUAAUAUUUCUAGAAGGAGAGUUAAAAAAUUAAUUAGGAAUACCAAAAGAAAAUGUAAUACUCCAAUUAAAAAGGGUAUGGGCAACGUCAAGGUUAGCGGGCCCCCAAGAAGCCGUUUAAAGGUGAGUCAAAAAAAUAAGCAGAGUGCUAAAGGUGAAUACUCUGUGACUUCUGGACAUUUUCAGUCAACAAAAAGAAUAUCGCCUCAAAGGACGUCCUCAGAGCAGCCCACAGCCUCUGUCGGACAUGUUAUGAAUAACUUGGCAAACACUUCAGAAGUACAGACUGCCGUUGACUUUGACGAGUCAAGGAGCAUUUCGGAGUUAAAUGCGGGAUCUCUUAACACAAACACAAAUUUGGGCUUGGAGUGGGCUAAAGAGCCCUGCCUCGCUGUUUAUCCUAACUCGGAUUCUAAAUCAUUUUUUUCGACUACUUCUAUUACUAUUCCCUCAGUUUCGCUUAUGGACCCAAAUACUUUUUCUAUUAGUGAAUCUUCCAGAAUAAACCAGCUUGUCGAGGUUAUGCCCACCUCUCUGCUUGACAACAGGCAUCUUACUGUUAUUUCUCCUCACCUUGUUAAUAACAAUUGUUUGCAAGAUGAUAAAGUUCAAACUUUACAAAAUAUCCAACCUGUACUCUCGUCUAAACAACACGCCCUACACUUGUAUCAUCAAGGCCAGCGCGUCCUACUGACGUUACAAGAAAAGAUCCAAGCGGCACGACUAAGGGCUCAGUCGAAUGCCCAGCAAAUCUUUCAACAGCUUCAGAUAAGCGGAAUGGAUUUUGAAUUAUAUAUUAGCCAACUACAACAACACAUAUUACAAAUUAAGAAAUCAGUUACCGCUCUGCCACAACCUUUAACUCCAGAAAAGAUGCUUGAUGCUGAACUUAUGGUUUUUCAGUAUUCUUACGUUUUGGACUAUCUAACAAACAAGCAACUCCUUUCGCGUCAACCUCAAGCGUCUGCUUUUCAGCAAAACCCACGAACGACAGCUCUUGACACCCAGUCAGAAAAACUCAUGACCAGUCAGCUGCAAGCACCAGCAUUUAGUAAGCUUUUUUUAUCCGCCGCAGUUUCUGGCUUAAACAACCCGCCGGCUCAACCUGAUAUUCGGUCGCCCUACAUACCUCGCCAGGUUAGGAGUAGUGCCGGCACUAUUUCGCAGAUAAUUCAUCAACGCCUUUUACCUUAAUAUAACAAUUUAGUUAACAAGACUUUUUAUGAAUAUUAAGCGAAACUGACAGAUACACAUCGCUGGUUCACUAGUAGCUAUUUUAGCACGUCACCAUGGAACUUAAAGCUGCUUAUUGCACUAUUAUAGUUCAUUUAUUUUAGUUAUUGUUAUUUGUAUAACUACCCUCUGGUCACCCUUGAC